UUCGUAGUUCCAAGUUGUCGUGAACACAACAACACAGUGGAGGAGAAGACAAAAUGGAAGGCUGUGUAGACGUUUUCCUACGACAGAACACAACUGGAUAACCAGUAAGGUCUACCAUGGAGGGCUUUAUGGAUAUCAAUGAGAUCCAUGACAUCACUGGCACUGAUACAGAGGAGCACAGAAUAGAUGCAGAGCAGGUGGAGGGGGCCGAGAGGAGUGCUAGGCCGACCAUCAGCGAGUUCAAAAAGACCUGGGGCUUCAGGCGGACCACGGUUGCCAGAAGAGAGUUUGUGGGAUUGGAUGAGCUUGAAGAUCCAGAAUCUCCACCCCUACCCACACGUCGAGGCAGAGGCCGCCCAGCCAAGACCUAUUCAAGACGUGGGCGAGGGGGGAGAAGAAGCAUCCCAGCCGACCUGGAGUACUCUGGAACGGCCUCCCCAAUUCCAAUGGACACAGAGCCUUCCUCAGAUCCCCAAGAGCCCUGCCCAGGUGGCAGCCUAGAUCCCACCUCUUGGCAGGACUUUGGAUCUGCAUUUGGCACUGCUUUUUCUCUACUUGGGGAGAAGGAGGAGGACUACAUGCCCAUGACUGCUCCUGCCCAAACUAUGGCUGCCCCUGCCCCUAGCUAUGGGGCUAGUAGGGUCGUGGAAGUUGCCUCCAGUAUUGAGGAGGACAGUGAUGAGCUGACCCUGAAGCAGCUCCAGGAGCGGCUGAGCACUAGGGGAAGAGGGGAGUCCAGGGGGAGGGGGGUCAGAGGGAGGGGGAGGGGAAGAGGGAGAGGGAGAGGUAGAGGACGUGGUAGAGGUAGGGGGCGUGGGAGGGGUAGGGGUGUAGAGCCAGAGUCGAGCACUGCGGAUGAAGAGGAGGUUAUUUUUGUAAAUGAGUUGGAACCGCAGCAGGUGCAUCAGCCUCAGGAGGAAAGGGAGAGGAGUCCUGAGAAGGUUGUGGUAGAGUCUCAAAGCCCUUCUCCUUCUCAACAGUCGAGCUCAGACUCUAUGCCUCCUCUUGAGUCUGAUCCAGAAACAACAGAAGAAAAGGCUAGCCAAAAUGAUAAUGUAACAGAGGCAAAGGACGAGGUGGAAGAGGAGAGGAUCGAGGAAGAAAAGUCUGAGUAUUCUAGCAUAUCGGACAGUGAGGGCUACAACCCCCAUGCCCUUUACUGCAUCUGUCGACAGAGGCACAACAAAAGGUUCAUGAUCUCCUGCGACAAUUGUCUGGAGUGGUUCCAUGGCGACUGCGUUGGCGUCAGCGAGAUUCAAGGCCGAAAGCUUGAGAGGAGUGGACGAGACUGGAUCUGCGCCACCUGCACCAACAAGUGCCAGAGCCAGCCAGACCCCCAGCAGAGCUCCCCUGACUGCCUGACACUGCCCUACUCGGGGGAGGAGGAGUUUGUACAUGAGGAGCAGGCCAGCGAGGAGGCUGUGGUGCAGGAGGUGACAGAGAUGGUUGCUGAGGCUGAGAUGGAGUUGGACGGUUCCCUACCCCAGUGCAUCGGCUCAGGGUGCAGUAAGCACGCCCUGCCCGACUCCGUUUACUGCGGCACAGACUGCAUCCUGCGGCACGCGGCUGCCACUAUGAAGACGCUCUCCAACUCCAAAGAGACUAAAACCAAGCAACGCCCACAGAGGAGAGCAGCAGCCAAACUUGGCCCUAAGGGUCAGAGGUCAGCUAGGAUGCCCCAGAGGUUGUUGGCAGAGCGGCCCGAAGAGGAGGGUGAGGAAGAGGAGGCUGAAGAAGUUGAGGACAAGGAAGCUGACACAUCUACAUCUGCCUUAUCCUGUGACCCUAGUCUCACUGCAGUACAGGCCACAUCCAUAGAAUCACCUAUGUUUUACAAGUCGACUGGAAAGGCCAGUGAGCAGGUAGAGGUUGAGAUUGAGCCCAUUUCUCCUCAGACACAUUCUCCAGAUAACUCUCCCUCAGACAUCAUCACUGAAUCCUCCCCUCCUCUGGGAAGUGCUCCAGGUAAAACCAAGAGACCAGCAAACAGCUGCAGUGUCUCCAGGAAAGCCUCUGUCGAUACAUCCCCUGUCAAACAACCCAAUCCCCCCAAAUCCAGCCACUCCCCGACCCCUGAGGCCCCAAGCACCUCAGCCUCCAGACACCAUGAAACAGGGGCCCUGAGGAUUGGCAAGACGUUCUUCACCAUCCCCAAGAAGCAGCCUCAACCCCUCGUGACUCCCACUCUACCCUCACCUCCACCCCCCACCCCAAUGAAUGAAACUAGGAUCCUGCCUGUGUCCCCAGCCCCUAUCGCCCCUUCCUCCAGACCCCCUCAGCCAGCCAACAACCAGGUCAGGCAGAGCAUCCAACGCUCCCUCACCAACAUCAUGUUCAAGAGGGUGUGCGACUGUGACGAUUUGGAGAGGUCUGAGAGUGAAGUGGCGAAGCUGGUCACCAGCAUCGAGACGGAGAUGUUUAACAUAUUUAACAAUACAGAUAGCAAGUACAUGAACAAGUACCGAACCAUCAUGUUCAACCUUAAAGACCCCAAAAAUAAGGGUUUGUUCUACAGCGUCUUCCGUGGUGAGGUCAGUCCCUUCAGACUGGCCAGGAUGAGCCAGCGGGACAUGCAGGCUACAAAGGUCUCAGAGCCGAACAAAAAAGACACUCCAGAGGUCCGGGAGUCUGGUCCCAAAGCCACAUGUGUGCUGCCAAAUCCAGCGCCUGAGCCAGUAAAGGUUGAUCUACCUAGUCUUCCCUUUAGGCCAAGUAGACACAUGGAACAGAAGAGCACUCUCCCUGCUGCCCCUAAGGCCAGACCUAACCAGUCGAGCCAGAACAGCUCAGUCCCAGACAUCCUCAGCUGCAUGCUGAAAGACACAACUGCAGAGCACAGAGCUCACCUGUUUGACCUCAAGUGCAAGAUCUGCACAGGUCAGAUAACAGUUGAGGGUGAGGAAGAGCCUGUACCCAAGAAGUCUAAACUCUCUGGGUCAUCGUCAUCCUCCACAAAUCCAGACGAAUGGAAAGACAGGCCGUCUCGGCCACCCUGGAUGUAUGCCAGAACAGAUCCCAGAACAGAGGAGAGAGGAUGGAGAACUCCAGCAGGAGAUGAAUCACCCCUCCUUGCACCCCCCGACUCCCCCACCAUGGGUUCCCCUGCCUCCCCCCUAAUGGAGGAUGACUCUGUCUUAACCAUCAUGGAAUCCCCCGCUUCACCCACAAUGGAAUCUCCCGCUUCUCCACCAAUGGAAUCUCCUGCCUCCCCCAUUUUGGAAUCCCCUGCCUCCCCUGUCAUGGAUUCUCCCGCCUCCCCCAUUCUGGAAACCCGCAAAGUCAAGACACCGUCCAGAAUGUAUACCCCAGUCAUGAUUCCGGCUGUUUCUACGGUAACCAUUACAAGGCGUGAUCCUCGCACUGCUGGCAACCGUUCUGCUGUUAUGUCUGGUGACCCCCACACCGCUGGCAACCGCACUCCUGCCAUGGCAACUGUCACCAUGUCUAAAGUCCCACCUCCACAAGUCUCUUAUGUCCCAGCAAAACAGAGUGUUACUCUGAGCAAGACAUUCAUGCCCUUGCCACCACCCCCAUCCCUUCCACCAAUGCCAGCAUUACCCAAAUCUAUCCUGAUGAAGCCAUCCUCAUCAUCGUUCUAUGGUUCUUCAGGAUCCUCUUCAUCCUCUUCAAGGGCUGUGAACUCCCACUCCCCCCAAGAUGGGGAGACAACCCAGUUCCUGGCCAAGCAGGAAGUAGUGUGGAAGGGCUUCCUCAACAUGAUCAGCGUGGCCAAGUUCGUCACCAAGGGCUAUCUGGUCUCCGGGCCUUCUGAAUAUCUCAAAGAGGAUCUGCCUGAUACCAUACAGCUUGGUGGAAGAAUCAUGCCUCAAACUGUGUGGGAUUACAUCGGGAGAGUGAAGACCUCUGUUACAAAGGAGCUGUGUGUGAUCCGGUUCCACCCAGCGACAGAGGAGGAGGAAGUGGCCUAUGUGUCUCUGUUCUCCUACUUCAGCAGCAGACGGCGCUUCGGGGUGGUGGCCAACAACAGCCGCAGCAUUAAAGACAUCUACCUCAUCCCACUCAGUGCAAAGGAGUCCAUUCCUUCCAAACUCCAACCCUUCGAAGGAUCAGGCUUUGAGAAGAAUCGCCCCAAUCUUCUUUUGGGACUGGUUAUUUGCCAGAAACCCAAACGUGCGGGAAGCUUGCCACAAGAGGUUGAAGAGAAGAGAGCCAAGAUCCACAUAUCCAAAGACUCCAGAGAUACUGGCCUCCCGAGACCCCCUACGCUGUAUGGGUCUGACCCUAGGACGGAGGAAUUCCUGCCCUACGACCCAGCGAUGCCCAUCAUGUCCACCCCUCCUGGUUCCCCUCCUUCCACUGGAUCCCCAUCAGACUCCUCCUCCUCUGGCUCACUGACUAUUCCAUCACUUCUGUCCUCCAUCAGAGCUGCUCUCCCUGCUUCUGCCCCACCCCCCAUCACUAGCACAUCCACCACUCCCCUGCAGACCAUCCUGAAGUCACUGUUUGGGAAGGACUCUCAUGCAGUCCCAGCAGUUGCAGCUUUUCCCCUUCCAACCACUUUGCCCCCUCCCCCAAUGGUAGAUCCGAUAGUACAGCAGUACGGGCAGAAAUCCAAAGUCAAAGAGAUUGAGGAGGAGGAAAAUGAAUAUGAUCGACCAUAUGACCCGGAGGAGGAGUAUGAUCCAGCAAUGGGCUAUGGAAGGGUUGCCCCAAUUAAUAUAGAUAAAAUGUUUGAGGCGAAUGCUGCCACUCAGGCCACGUGUGCAGAUGACGACGACGUGGCUUACGACCCUGAGGAUGAGACUAUCUUUGAGGAUAUGCACAAUGAUGGGGUCAGUGUAGGGAAAGUCCCAGCUCCAACUUCAGCUCCAGCUCCUACCCCAGUCCCAGCUACAGUACAAGACCCAUUCCCAGAUCCCAGUCCAGCUCCAGCCCCUCUGAGCCGCCCCAUUACUGGUGCUGUGAUUGUGUCAGCCGCUACUCUGACUGAACAACAGCGAAUGCUUGAGGAUCUCAACAGGCAGAUUGAGGAGCAGAAACGGCAGCUGAAGGAGCAGGAGGAGGCACUGCGUCAGCAGAGAGAGGCAGUGGGCAUGUUCAUGGCCCAUUUCUCUGUUUCCGAUGCCUUGAUGUCUCCCCCUACUAAAUCUGGGCUGUCUCACUUACAAACACAGCAGAGUGAAGGAGAGCAGUCUGAGGCAAAUCCUUCAGUCAAUCAAAGAGCUUUGAAAGGUAUUUUGAAAACGGAGGAAACAGAAGUACCAAUAAAACAGGAGAUUAAGAGAGAGACCAAGACUGUACCUCUUUCAGUGUCAAGAAAUGUGGAAAUGCCCAAUGCAUCACCAAAGCGGGUUAAAGAGAUUAAAAAGGAAAGUAUUCAGGCAACAGACAAUUCAGAUCCUGAAGCUGGUGAGAUCCAGGACUCUGAUGUAGCUUACGACCCAGAGGAUGACACUAUCUUUGAUGAGCUGAAAGACACAAAUGGAGAAGAAAAGGCGAAAACCUCAACUCGAUCAGAUUCAGCAAGGCGUUCUGAGCGUUCUCGUGACUCCUCAGUGUCUAGCUCGUGUCGUGGUGCAUCGUGCAAUGACACUCCUGAUAGGAGGCGUAAGCGUAGCAGCCAACCAGAUACUCACUCACCGAAAAGACGGGACCGUAAAGUCAGGGACCGCCAAGAAAGCCCUCCUCGUAGAUCUGGCCGCCGGUCCCCUGGACACUCUGAUAGGCGAAGGGAAAGACACAGACGGGGUGAGAGGAGCCGACCAUAUCACAGAGGUCGUCACCACUCUGAGCGCCCAGGCCGCCAUAUCCCUCAUAAAGAGCGUACUUCUCGACGCAGCUCUGGUAGCCAUAGAAGAUCCCCAUCUUCACCAAGACAAAAACAAGAUUCUGGCUCUAGGGGACUCUCAAAGGGUCAAAGGGAGACUUCUCCUCCAGUGUGGGAUGACUCAAAGGGCCCAGAGGCUACUGAAGACAUGGGUCCUACAAGUCCAACUCCAGCACUGGUCAUGGAGGCUAAUGACUCACCUCAGCCCCCUCUUGAAAGACAGGACAUUGAUGAACCACUGGGUGAUCGUUGUGAUUCUGGAGGUCCACCACAGGGAGAGAUUGAGGACACAGGCCAUCAAAUGCCCCAUGAGAAUCCCACUCCCCAGAAGCCUGCGGAUCAACAACCUUCUCAAAGCUUGCUGGGAUCACCAUCAAAAGGGCCCAACAACGAGCAAGGCCCCAACAUCCAGCUUCAAGACAAUAGGGAUAGGCCCUCUCAACUGGAACUACUAGAGCAAUGCAGUGUACAGAGCCCAUCAGACAUUAUGAGAGAAAAACAGUUUUCCUCACAAGGUCCUCCCCACAUGGCCUCUCCAAAUAACCAGGGUGAGCGGUCCAGCAGUUUAGAGAGGAGAGAUCCUGAUAUGAGGGAGGGAAGGAGAAACCAAGGGCCUGAUAUGAUGGGACCCGGGCCAAACAUGAGGGGUGAAAGGAGAGGGCCGCAAAUGAGGCAUCCAAGUCCAAAUAUCAGAGGUCCAGAUCCAGAACCAGACAUGAGGGGUGAAAGGAGCGGGCCACAAAUGAUGCAUCCAAGUCCAAAUAUCAGAGGUCCAGAACCAGAUAUGAGAAGUCCAGAUAUGAGAGAGGACCACUUCUCACCAACAACUUACUUUGGAGGAAAGAGAUCACCAUCGCCCCAUUUUAAUAAUCCAAGGAUCCCCUCAUCUGUUCCAAGAGGAAAUUUUAAGGAUCAACGGGGAGCACCUUGUCCUGGUUUCCGCCCCAGGGGUCCUCGUACCUCAAGGUGGAUGCCACCACGGUCCCGGUUUGAUGGUCCACAUAAUCCGCUAGUAGUAAGACCUCUAGAGCUGCUCGGAAAACAAAGAGGCACCAACCAGAAUCAUGACAAUGGAGGUGAGCCUAUUCAACCAGAAAUAAAGGAGCAACACAUUGCACAGAGCCCAUCAGACAUUAUGAGAGAGAACCAGUUUUCCUCACAAGGUUGUCCCCACAUGGCCUCUCCAAGCAACCACGGUGAGCGGUCCAGCAGUUUAGAGAGGAGAGAUCCCGAUAUGAGGGAGGGACGAAGACACCAAGGCCCAGACAUCAGAAGUCCAGAUAUGAUAGAACCAGGGCCAGACAUGAGGGGGUCAGUGCCAGACAUGUGGGAUGAUAGAAGGGGUCCAGGGCCAGACAUUAAAGGGCCAAGGCCAGACAUGAGGGGUGAUAGGAGAGGGCCAGACAUGUGGGAUGCUAGAAGGGGUCCAGGGCCAGACAUGAGGGGUGAUAGGAGAGGGCCAGACAUGUGGGAUGAUAGAAGGGGUCCAGGGCCAGACAUGCAAGGUUCAGGGCCAGAGAUGGGGGUCCAGGGCCAAUCAUGCGAGAUCCAGGGCCAGACAUGAGGGGGAUAGGAGAGGGCCAGAGCCCGAUAUGAGGGGUGAUAGGAGAGGGCCAGAGCCAGACAUGAGGGGUGAUAGGAGAUGGCCAGAGCCAGACAUGCGGGGUGAUAGGAGAGGGCCAGAGCCCGACAUGAGGGGUGAUAGGAGAGGGCCAGAGCCAGACAUGAGGG